AUGUCUUUCUCUCCAGAAAAUUACCUUCAGACAUCACAGUCGUACACCCAAUCUGCGAUGACCUUUACAGUGAUGGGCAUCAUUGAUAUAGCCAAUUCCAAAUUGUCGCAGAUCGAUAAGUGGAAGGAUUAUGAAGAUCCACAUAAGGCGUCAGUCGAUAGACUAAAUAAAGGGAGGAAUCACAUUAUUCGAGAAUUGAAAGAUGACAACGACGAUAAUGGUACCGCAAUUAUACCGACGGGAAAUACUCUCUAUAAGCUUACCUUAAAGGACUCUGAAGAUAACUACUGCUAUGGGUAUGAGUAUAUGGACAAAUUGCCCUUUUUGAGGAAAACACAGAAACCCGCAGGAGAUAGUGGUAGCUCGCCAUUACCUAUCCCAUUGGGAAGUAGAAUAAGGAUAGAAAAGGGAACGCUAAUAAUGAAUGGGGUUUUGAUGCUUACUAGAGUCCAGUGCCUGUACUUAGGGUUGCUGGACCAUGACAAAGAACUAUACCAAAAGUUGAACCUGGAUAUCGCAAAGAAGAAUAUCCAGUAUUUAACAGGAGAGUUAAAAAGCCAGAAGUAA